AUGGGGCGGGUGGUGGAUCAGCCCUUCGUGGUGCCCUUGCUGAGCCCGCAGAGGACGAGGGGACGGAGCACGGGUCGGGACGCGGCGAGGGGGGGGAAGGUCUCCGCAUGUGAAGCCGCUCGGGAGGAGGAGGGAGAGGAGGGGGGGUCGAAGCAAGCGUUAACUCUUCCCCGCCCUCCCUCCUCAUGGGCAUUUGGGGGAGGAAGUGAAGAAAAGUGCAGCCCGUCCCGACGGGGUGACCGCCGCAGGGCACGGUGCUGCUCCGGCGCGGGGGGAAGCCCCGGCCGCUUCCUCGCUGCGGCAGCGAGGGCACAAAAGCCGCCUCUCCCGCCGAAAACUGCAAAAGGAGCAGCGGCGGCGGCGGGCAGGAGAGAGCGGGCGCUUGGCAGGGCUGAGGUAAGCGCGGCUCGGCCGUCCCCGGCCGCCGGUGACCCGGCGCGCACCGGGUCCGACGCCUCCAUGGCGCGGCAGUACGGCAAGGGGCUGCAGCACUACCUGCUCACGCUGGCCACCAUCGCCUCCCGCCUCUACGCCCACGCGAGCCUCGAGAACCACGUGCGGCUUGCUGUCGUGAAGGUGGUAGUGCUCAGCGACAAGGACAAGGGCCUCGAGGUCACCCGCAACGCCGCAGCCACCCUCAAGAGCUUCUGCAAGUGGCAGCACCAGCACAACCGCCUCGAUGACGACCAUGACGAACACUACGAUGCCGCCAUCCUCUUCACCCGUGAGGAUUUAUGUGGGCAUCAUUCAUGUGAUACUCUGGGAAUGGCAGACGUUGGGACCAUAUGCUCUCCUGAGCGCAGCUGUGCAGUGAUUGAAGAUGACGGCCUCCAUGCAGCUUUUACAGUGGCUCACGAAAUUGGACACUUGCUUGGACUUUCCCAUGAUGACUCCAAAUUCUGCGAGGAGAACUUUGGCUCCAUGGAAGACAAGCGCUUGAUGUCCUCCAUUCUCACUAGCAUUGAUGCUUCCAAACCCUGGUCGAAAUGCACUUCAGCAACUAUAACAGAAUUUUUUGAUGACGGUCAUGGCAACUGCUUGCUGGACCAACCAAGAAAGCAGAUCCUGGGCCCCGAGGAGCUCCCAGGACAGACUUACGAUGCCAUUCGCCAGUGCAAGCUGGCCUUCGGAGCCGAGUACACGGUGUGUCCCGGUAUGGACGUGUGCUCUCGCCUCUGGUGUGCCGUGGUCCGCCAGGGCCAGAUGGUCUGUCUGACUAAGAAGCUGCCUGCCGUGGAGGGGACACCCUGCGGGAAAGGGAGGAUCUGCCUCCAGGGAAAAUGCGUUGACAAAACCAAGAAGAAGUACUACUCGGCUUCCAACCAUGGUAACUGGGGGUCCUGGGGACCAUGGGGACAGUGUUCCCGGACCUGUGGCGGAGGAGUCCAGUUUGCUUAUCGUCACUGCAACAACCCAGCUCCCAGGAACAACGGCAGGUACUGCACUGGCAAGAGGGCCAUCUAUCGCUCCUGCAACGUCACACCUUGCCCAGCAAAUGCUAAAUCUUUCCGACAAGAGCAGUGUGAAGCAAGGAAUGGCUAUCAAUCUGAUGCAAAGGGUGUGAAAACAUUUGUUGAAUGGGUCCCCAAGUAUGCUGGAGUACUUCCUGGAGAUGUUUGCAAGCUCACCUGCCGAGCCAAAGGAACUGGCUAUUACGUGGUGUUUUCUCAAAAGGUAGCUGAUGGAACUGAAUGCAGGCCGUACAGUAACUCAGUCUGUGUCCGGGGAAAAUGCAUCCGAACUGGUUGUGACGGCAUCAUUGGUUCGAAGCUCCAGUAUGAUAAGUGUGGUAUUUGCGGAGGAGACAACUCCAGCUGCACAAAAGUCAUGGGAACCUUUACCAAAAAGAGUAAGGGCUACACAGACAUAGUGAAAAUCCCAGAAGGGGCAACUCACAUCAAAGUUCGGCAGUUCAAGAUUAAGGACCAGAGCAGGUUCACUGCCUACCUGGCCUUGAAAAAGAAAAAUGGUGAGUACCUGAUAAAUGGGAAAUAUAUGAUCUCCACUUCGGAAACUAUCAUUGACAUCAACGGGACUGUCAUGAACUAUAGUGGCUGGAGUCACAGAGAUGAUUUCUUGCAUGCAAUGGGACAUUCUGCCACGAAAGAGAUUCUUAUUGUGCAGAUACUUGCAACUGACCCAACUCAACCAGUGGAUGUCCGUUAUAGUUUCUUUGUGCCAAAGAAGCAAGGGCAAAUGACUAAUUCUGUCACCAGCAAUGGCAGCAUCAACAAAGUAACUCCGCAGCUCAUGCAGCCACGGUGGGUUACGGGACCAUGGCUUUCUUGUUCUCGAACAUGCGACACAGGAUGGCACACCAGAACUGUCCAGUGCAAAGAUGGGCAUGGAAAAUUAGCUAAAGGAUGUCUCCUCUCACAGCGACCAUCAGCAUUUAAACAGUGCUUGCUAAAAAAGUGUUAACCUGUGGUUGUGAUCUUCUUUAAAAGAGAUUUGAUUAAGCCAUCAUUGACAUACUGGUAUUAGGUCUGCCCAGUCAGAGAGAAGCAAGGCUUCAAAGUACUUACAUACAGUCUCAAAUUAUGGGCAGAAUCUGCCUAUUUGGACCAAAUGAAGAUGUGCACUGCUUUAAAUAAUAGUAGAGUGAUCUUGAUGAUACGUCAAACUAAGCAGGAAAGUUAUAAGCCCUCUGUGUCUGCAAAAAUAUAAAACAAAGGAAAAAAAAAAGAAGAAAAACUGGUGAAUGGAGGAUCCUUGGAUAUUUGAAGGUUACAGAAUCAUCUCCCCUUUUUCACCUACCUCUAAUACAGUAUGUCCUUAGAAAGCGUCACACGUAUCCAUGAUACCACAGUAGCUUAUUUUAUACUGUUUUGUAAAUAUCUUUCAUUUGGUAUGUCACUUUAUAUCACUGGUUCUAUUAAAAAA